GCGGCCACACUGCGUGCAACAAAAAAUGACUGAAAAGGCAACAAAAUAUUGGAAAAAGUAACACCCAGCUUCAGUCAAUAAUAAAGUAGAGCGAGUAAAAUUAGAGUUAUUAAAAACUGCCUCGAAAGUCGGGUCUUUCUGUGAAAAAUGUCGGAUAACGAGGAAAUAAAGGUGGAGCCGCCAGAGCCAGCGGACACCAGUACCGAGUCCGGCCAGGAGGAGGUGGAAACAAUCCCAUUGAAAAUGUCUUUCGCGGAUUGGAAGAAGUGUAAGGAGGCCCUCGUCAAACCGGAAUCCAAAUCCGGCGCACAACAGCGGAGCAAUAGCAAUAAUAAUAACAACAAUAACAACAAUAACAACAACAACAACAAUAGACGUAAACAAUGGUCGUAUAACAACGGCAACAACUACAUCAACGAUCACAGAGGAUUCCAGGGAGGCGGCGGACCAUGGAACCACAACAGAAACGACUUCCCGCCGCUGAGCAGACCCCCGCCACUACCCAUGCAGCUGAUGAACAUGGGCUUUGGCGGCAAUUUCGGCGGUAACUUCGGAGGUAACUUCGGCCCGGGUCCAGGUCCUUGCGGUCCGGGCGGACCAAUGGGACCUUGCGGUCCAGGUGGACCAAUGGGACCUUGCGGUCCGGGCGGACCCAUGGGACCUUGCGGUCCGAUGGGGCCUGGCGGUCCAAUGGGUCCUGGGGGCCCAAUGGGUCGUGGUGGCCCAAUGGGUCCUGGUGGCCCAAUGGGUCCUGGUGGCCCAAUGGGUCCUGGUGGUCCAAUGGGAGGACCGGGACCACGACGCAAUCGAAACCAACGACCACUGCAGCCGCCCCCUUUCUGGGAGGACAUGAUGUCGCCGAGUCAUGGUCCACCGCCAAUCCAACCGCCGAUGCCAAAGUGUCCCAGCUUGUGGAAUCUGGUGCCCAAGGAGCGAGGGCCUCAAAGACAAAAUCAGACCAAUCAGAACAACCAGCAGCAACCAAACAAAAAGUUUAAACCCAACAACAACAAUAACAAUAACAAUAAUCGAGGCAAAAACACCAACUCUAAAGAUUCCAAGCUAAUGCCACCGCCACCUCCUCCUGCGUCUUCGUCGCCGGCAAGCGAAGGCACCAGCAGCUCUCAGUCAAAUGGUGAUCAGCCUUCCAAGAAGCCCAAGCGCAGCGGCGCCUUUAUACAAAUCAACGGACAGUGGAUCCAAAAGCCGGAGGCUCCACCGCCCCUCGAAGAUGCGCUGCCCGGUACAAAGGAGGAACGCCAGCGGCAGUGGAAGGAGUACCGGCAGGCGAUGAAGCCAUUCAAGAACCGUGAAUUUCACAACUGGAAGCGGACGGUGCAGCGGCUGGGCAAACUGCCCCGUGAUCAAUUAGACGAACAGCAGUUGGAGAGGCUGCAAAAGGCCGAGGAGUACAUAGGCGCACACAAGGCAAUGCUGACGGUCAAGCAUGCAGAGCGAUGGGUGCAGCAGGAGAAGGAUGAAUCCGGACAGGUGUUCGUGCGCAAGUCAGCCAACAUUGGCAAUUGGGACAAGCCAAAGGUGGACUACAAAAAAACACAGUUGCAGAAUUUCUUUGGUCCUGGACGUGCCAUCAAGGGUGGCGUCGUCGGCGUGGACGGAGCCACUUUGAGUCAGCUGGUGACGCAACCACCGCCACCGCCUCCGCCGGAAGUGUCCCCAGUUCAGUGGUCCUCCACUCCUACAACCAACACGGGAUCCAACUCAAAUCCCUCUUACUACAGUCACUACAGCAACAGUUUCGUCAAGGGCGGCACCACGCAGCCAUCCUAGGAUACUUUUUCAAAUCUAACCCCAGAUGCGGACUUUUACAAAUCUUGUUUCAAUCGCAUGGCACCUCCAAUGUAUUGACACCCUUCCGGAUGGCAGAUAUACCGUCUCCGACCAUUUCUAACUCCUUCUGAACCGAUGGAAAUCGGCAUUUGUAUUCAGCAGAAGAUAAAUUGUAACAAAAUCAACAUA